UGUCUUAAACAGCAAUUUCAUAAGAAUCGAGCACAAAUUAAAUUACACGUAAUUAUUAUGAUUUUGAUUGAAACUUUUAAGUAGUGCUUGAUGUUCUUGUGAAUACAGUGUUGGACGUAAAACAUAUAGUAUAGUGCGGCAUGGACGCGAGCGCGGGCGGCGGCAUGGCGCGCGUCAAGCAGGAGCCCGAGUGGGCUGCUGACCGCGUAAUUGUCAAGGAGGAAGCAGAAUUUAUGUAUGAAGAGGCGCGUGUGAGGACAGCACAGACGGGUGCGGCGUGAGCGAGGCAGCCAUGCUGGCCGGCCUGUACGACGACCACGAGGUCAAGGACGAGCUCGUGCUGGGGCCGGAGCGCCCGCACCGCCCCAUAGUUGCCCCGGUGGUGAGAGCGUCCACUCUUGUCUCCUCUGCUGUGGUGUCGGGUCGGCGCCGCUCGUGCUCGGUCAGGCUGGAGCGCCUGCUGGUGGACGCGGAGCGGCGCACCUGCCGGGUCGGGCGCCGCACAUACAAGCUGCACGCCACCGAGCCCGCACCCACACCCCAUGUCACCACCACCAUCUAUCAAUGUCACCAUUGCGGCAAACUGUUCAGGAACAAGUCGGUUUUGGAGAAACACAUAUACACUCACUUGUCGUUAGGACCGUCGAGUAAUUCAACCCGAGAGAACAUUACUUCAAAUCGUCAAGAAAUGUCACACAAGGAUAGGAAACCUUAUACAUGUAGAACUUGUGAGUACAUGAGUAGUAGGAAAGAAGAUUUACGGAAUCAUCAGCUAAUACACACCGGUGACAAACCUUAUCAUUGUAGGUACUGUAAUUACAAGUGCAUUAGAAAAACUAACUUACGAAGACACGAGAGGACACACACUGGUAAAAAGGCUUUCUGUAACUACUGCGACUACAAGUGCAUUGGGAAAGCAAUGUUACGGAGGCAUCUGAUGACUCACACGAAUGAAAAGCCAUUCAAGUGUAGGUACUGUGACUACAGGAGCCGUCAAAAAGGAAACUUGCAGACUCACCAGAUAAUGACACACACUGAUAAUGAUAAACCAUUUAAAUGUAGCUCCUGCGUUUACCAGAGCUAUUUAAAAUCGCAUUUACAAAGGCACCUCAUGAUCCAUACUGGUGAAAAGCCUCACAAGUGUAGGUACUGUGACUACAGGAGCCGUCAUAGACAAAACUUACGAACUCACGAGAUGAUACACACUGGUAACAAACCCUUUAAACUUCGGGUGGAACAGAACAACAGAGAUGAUACAAAAUACAAAUACUUCCUUGAUAUACUAUUUCAAAUGCAAAAUACAAAAUAG